AUGACAAAGGAAUUCAUCUUACUUGGUGCUUCCAGUCUUUCUAUAAUAAAGAUUUGGGUAACACCAGCACUUUUGCUUGCUUACAGUUUUACUGUUGUAGAAAAUAUAGUCCUUAUUGCAUUAGUGACAGUAGACUCCUGUCUCCACACACCCAUGUAUUUCUUCUUGGGCCAUUUCUCCUUCCUAGAAUGUUUGUAUACAACCACAGUAAUUCCAAGAACAUUAUACCAUCUUAUAUCAGAUAAUAAGGUUAUUCUUUUCUCAACCUGUAUUUUCCAAAUUUAUAUUUUCAUUUCUUUGGGAGCAACUGAAUGUCUACUUCUUGCAACUAUGGCUUAUGAUCGAUAUGCUGCAAUUUGUUACCCUCUUCAUUAUUCAACGCUUAUGAAACACCAGUUGUGCAGAUUGUUGGUCUUUUGGUCAUGGAUAGGAGGAUUCCUUUCUCCUCUUCUGCCUUCCGUAUUUGUUUCACAGUUAUGUUUUUGUAGCAACAUUAUUAAUCAUUUCUUUUGUGAUAUAGCUCCUCUUUUACAGUUAUCUUGCUUAAGAGCAAGUCAUAUUGAACUAUCAGGAUCUCUUAUUUCAUCAGCUAUUCUUAUUAGCUCUUUCAUUGUUAUUGCAGUAUCAUAUAUACAAAUAAUAAGGGGUAUCUUUAUAAUGACCUCAAAAACGGGUUUAAAAAAAACUUUUUCAACAUGCAUUUCGCAUUUUACUGUAGUCUGCAUCUAUUAUGGCUCUGGUAUUUAUAUGUACGUUAGACCAAAUUCACAAGAAACUUUAGAAACAAAUAAAUUGGUGUCUCUUUUGUAUGCUGUUAUGACACCAAUGCUUAAUCCAAUAAUUUAUAGUUUUAGGAAUAAUGAUGUUAUAAAGGCUUUCAACCGAUUUCUUAAAAGGAAAUGCUAA